AUGAGCAGCAGCCUCUACGACUCCGACGAGGAGUACCGCAUCCACGUCGCCCGCCGCCAGUCGCCCCCCAACGUCCGCUAUGUCCAGGGCCCUCCCGUGCGGGGAGUCCAGUAUGGCAGCGGGACCGACUAUCUUCGCUCCGAGCCUCGCGCCACAGCCAUCGCCAGGCCGCCCUCGCGCCCUCGAUCGCCGCCUCGUCUGAGCCGCGAGAGCCCCCGAGACAGCCGCGCAGCCCUGGGCGCCGCCGUUGCCUCUGCCUCUGCCUCGACCCCUGCCCCGCCUCCGCCGCCCGCCGCCCCGGCCCCCAUCGUCAUCAACAACCGCAUCUACAAUGAGCAUUCGUCGGAUGAAGACAGCGACGGCGGGCCUCGCCGCAGCCGCCGCACCGUCUACCGCCGGUCAUCCCGGUCGCGCUCCCGAUCCUCGUCCUCGGCGUCGUCCCGUCGCUCGUCGCACAGGAUGCGAGAGGCCUGGGAGGCUGAGGUUGCUCGCCGUCAGCUUGAGGAGCUGCGCAUGAAGGAAGAGCGCUCAAAGGAUGAGCGUCGCCUCGAGAGGGAAUACCGCGAUGAGGCCGAGCUUCGCAUUGCCAGGCAGCAGCUUGACGACAUGAGAAGGCGUGGCGCUGAGGCAGAGGUGGAGAAGCGCAUUGUCAAGGAACUCGAGUACAAGCGUCUCAAGGAUGAAGGCGCUGCUGAGGAAGCUGCCGAGGAGAGGCGGCGGCUGGAGAAGGAAUACCGUGAGCAAGCCGAGCUUCACUUCACGCAGAAGCAGCUCGAGGAGAUGAAGAAGCGUGAUGCCGAGAAGGAUGUCGAGAAGCGUCUUUCUUUGCAGCUUGAGUACAAGCGUAUGAAAGACGCAGGGGCUGCCGAGGAAGCUGCCGAGGAGAGGCGCCGCCUCGAGAAGGAGUACCGCGAGGAUGCCGAGCAUCGCUUCACACAGCGGCAGCUUGAAGAGAUUAAGAAGCGUGAGGCCGAGAAGGAUGUGGAGAAGCGCAUCGCCAAGGAGCUCGAAUUACAGCGCCUCAAGGAGGAGGAAGCUUUCGAGGAAGCUGCCGAAGAGAGGAGGCGGCUCGAGAAAGAGUACCAAGACAAUGCAGAGCUUCGCUUCGCCCAGCGACAGCUCGAGCUCGUCAAGAAGCGCGAGGCCGACGCAGAGGCGGAAAAGCGCAUGAUGCGCGAGCUCGAGUACAGGCGCCUCAAGGAGGAGCAGGAGGCCGCCGAGGAAAAGCGGCGGCUCGACAAGGAGUACCGCGACGAGUGGGAGCUCCGCCACGCCAAGCAGCAGCUCGAGGGCAUCAAGAAGCGCGAGACUGAGGCCGAGCUGGAGAAGCGCCUCAUGAGGGAGCUGGAGCUCAAGCGCCUCAAGGAGGAGCAGGAGGCGGCCGACGAGAGGCGCCGCCGCGAAAAGGAGGCCCACGAAGCCGUCGAGCGCUACAAGAAGGCCGAGGCCGAGCGCAUCGCCCUGGAGCAGAAGCGCAAGGAGGAGAACGACAAGGAGUACCGUCGCCGCCUGCACGACGACCUCGUCAAGUCGGGCCUCGACGAGCACGCCAUUGAGGCCAUCCUCAGCAACAAAAAGGUCACGCCCAAGCCGCCGGUCCAGGCUCCCGGUCUGCCCCCGGCUCUGCCGCCCGCCCAACAUCCGGCUCUGCCCCCGGCGCAGCAGCUUCCGGGUCAACAUCCGGCUCUGCCUCCCAACCAAUACCCAACGCUGGCCCUGCCGGCGCCGCCGGCGCCAGAGCAUCCCGUGGAGCGCCCGACGUACACUCGCAUGUCGCGCAAGUACCUGUCGCUCGAGACGCUGCGGACGUUUAGCAUCGACUACGAAUACGACAAUGACCCCGACUAUGUUCUCAUCAAGCGAUGGGUGCCCGAAUGGGAGCAGGACCAGUUCUGGCGGCACACGGAGCUCAUCCGCGAGAAGCGCAGCAAGCUGCUCAUGGUCGAGGACAAGAAGCAUCACCACCACCGCGCCAGCAGCGAGACGGAGUUUGAAUUUGUCCGCAAGAAGCACGACCGCAAGAGGAGCAAGUCGCCCGCGCUGCUCAUGUACCUGGCCGGCGCUCGCCCCUCGUAAUGACCUCCCCCCUUACGAUGUUACGUAGUUCUUUGUUGCAAAAAAAAACAUGUGUGCAGGCCGGAAUGAUUUUUUUUUCUUUUCCUGUUUUGCUCUUGAUAUAGUCCGUAUGCUGUUGCU